CCGUCCUCUCGCGCGGUGGGCCGGGCCCUCAGCGUGUGCUUUCUCUCCGCCGCGCGGGAGGGUGCCCGAGAGAGGAUGAGGAAGUGUAUGAGAGGAAGAGACCUGGGCCACCUCCGGCGGAGAGUUUUCUCUCUCGUGCUGAAGGAUUUUCCGUUUUUCUUAACUUCUUCUCCAGCCAAUCGUCAACAUGGACAACAAGGGUGUCAAGCUUGCUCGCGUUACUAAGGUCCUCGGCCGCACCGGCUCUCGUGGUCAGUGCACCCAGGUCCGCGUUGAGUUCCUCGACGACUCCAGCCGCUCUAUCAUCCGCAACGUCAUCGGCCCCGUCCGUGAGGGUGAUAUCCUUACCCUCCUCGAGUCCGAGCGCGAGGCCCGCCGUCUCCGCUAAAUGGCCAUUGGCGCCUGUGUAUUGCAGAUAAUCCCCCUCCCCCUCCAUCUUCAAUACACCCCCCCUCUUGGUCCAAUAGCCACAGGGGAUGAUAUGACUCUUCCCCCUCUCCC